AUGGCAGACGAGCUCUCUAUGCAGAGACAUGGACUGCACAGGCCGGAGAUGGUCCUACCGGGUUCGGUGGACUGCAUGAUUCAAUGCCUUGACACAGUGUUCCAGAGGUUCUGGCAACGGCUGGAGGCUCGAAUGUUGACCCCGCGGACCCAGCAUCAGGGGAUAGAGACCAACAGCAAGAGACGCAGAGAGCCUGGGCCUCCUCUGGGCAAAACAAACUCACGAGCCUCUGUGAAACCUCAUCCUGGUCUACCAAGGCUGGGGACCACCUCCGCUAAAGUCGUGAAUGUUCCACAACGUCAGCGGAGACCCG